CAUUGGCUGCAAUAAAAACACAGUGCUGAGCGUUGAGGAACCUUUCAGACCUGUCAAAUCUCGCAGAACAUAAAGAUGAACGUCAAAGAGAUGAUUAUGAAAAUCUUUGACCAGAAUCGGCAAAUCGCAUUGUGCGCUGCAGGCACAACUGUUGCUCUGCUUGGACUCGGUGUCGUUUAUAAAUAUAUGCGUCAGGAGAAAAAGUUAACCCGAGUUGGAGUUGUUACUCAGCUGCUGGUUCAUCCGAUGAAGUCUGGGAAGGUGGUGUCGGUAGAGACAGCAGAAUGUCUGCGAAUGGGUCUGAAGUAUGGCGAACUGCGGGAUCGUCACUGGCUGGUCAUCACAGAGGAUGGACACAUGGUGACGGGAAGGCAGCAGCCUCGUCUGGUGUUGGUGUCUCUGAACUGUGAGGGAGGACAGCUGUGUCUUAACGCACCCCAGAUGGAGGAGCUGAGGGUUCCUCUUCACCAGCCCAGUAAUGCAGUUGUGGACUGCAGAGUCUUUAGUAUCGACGUUCAGGGCAGGGAUUGCGGGGACGAUGUGUCUGACUGGCUUACUCGAUACCUGGAAUCAGACAAGAAAGUUAGCUUGGUGCAUUUUGAACCUCAUCUAAAGGCCCAGAGACCUUCUGAGAAAGAUCCCCUCUAUCCUAAGGACGAAAAGGUGGCCUAUCCCGAUGCCGCUCCCAUCAUGCUAAUGUCGGAGGCCUCUGUUAGGGACCUGAAUACCCGUUUGGAUAAGGAUGUUACCGUCUUUCAAUUUCGUCCCAGUAUUGUUGUCAGUGACUGUGAGGCAUUCACAGAGGACACAUGGGAUCAUAUUCAGAUUGGCCAAGUGGAGAUGAAGAGGGUUGUUGGCUGUGGAAGAUGCCUCUUUACCACCGUUGACCCCGAGACUGGAGUCAUCACCCGGAAAGAACCACUGAACACGCUCAAAAACUAUCGACUGACUGACCCUAACCAGAAAACCUCGCCAAUAUUGGGACAGUACUACACCGUCAAGAAAACGGGCAUCCUUCAUGUUGGUGAACCCGUUUAUAAGAUCACCUAUUGAAAUGGGGCCGGAUGGAAUGAAAUAUCAAACCAUAUCAAAAUCGAGUGAAUAAUUUACAUGCAGACUAAUUCACAAGUUACAGUGAAUCAAUAUUCUUAUCAUUUUCAUUGAAUAAGAAAAAUAAAAUCAUAUGUAAAGAUUGUUUGUAAAACUUUCUGUAUUGGCUGUAGAAUUAUGGUUGGAAUAGAGAUUACAAAACCAUUAGUCUUCUGCAAAGAUAAAGGGACACAGCCCUAUAAAAAUCUUCACUUUCUCAAAAUAAUAUCUCACGGGUGAGUAAAUAGAGACAGUUUUCAACUUUGAGUGAACACAUUCUUUAAUGUGCAAAAUGUCACCCUGUUUUGCAAUGAGAAGAUAUGAAUUCUGUGAUUUGUUGACUAAUCCGUAUACUUCAAAAUUACCAGUGUAUUAGCAAGAUAAUUAUGAUGCAUUGCAAUAAUGAUCAGGUUUCAUGUAACAACUCAAAUCAACAACUUAAUUGGAACAGUCUGUGACUAAUUUAAAAAGGCAUUGAGCAUAUUAAGCUAUUCCAGUAUUGUUUUCUCUCAACAUGCUAAAUGAUCCCAACCAUCAGACACUGAACUAUUGAAUAGAAUUACCAAUACUGUGAUUUUUUUGUGUGAUUUUUUUAAAGGAGACCAGGCAUACUGUAAAGCUUUUUGAAACUUAACUAGCACUGUGUUCAUUUGGAAAACACCCAAUAGAUGGUGCCAUUUCAGUGGUUACAAGGAGUCUCAGUAAAAGGCGACAACAAAGUUUCUGUUUCUCCAUAUUUACAGUAUUUUAUGUAGUUGCUAAGUUCUUUUCCUCUCAAUUUUUUAAUCUAGGGAUGUCAAACUCAAUUCCUGGAGGGUCACAACCCUGCAGAGUUUAGUUCCAAUCCUGCUUCAAUACGCAUCCCUGUAGUUUUCAAAUAAGCUUGAAUAAAAGCCUUGACAUCCCUG